GCGUCUGUGAGGAGAGUGGCGGCUUGCGCACGGGCUGCGAGCGGGAGCCGUUGCCAGUGCAGAGGGGCCGUCGAGGGCCCACAACUGACGGGGCCGCGCUCUCUCGCAGGAGAGUGUGCGGCCCGCGCCGAGGCGGGGGCGCGCGGAACCGCUUCCACGGAUCGGCCAUAUGCGUUGCCUGCGGGGGGAGGGGAGAGGCAAAGGGCGAGGGGGCGAGGUUCAGGGCGGAGGUCCUGGGGGAGGUCCCGCCUUCAGGGUGGGCGGCACCAGCCACAAGGCCUUUGCAAGAGGACGAGGCGACACAGAAGCCAGGCCUCAAGUGUCCUUGCCGAGCUUCUGCUUGA